UCGGGUGUUGAGAAGGGUGGGAAACCAGUGUUUAAAAUUAGAACUCAAGCAGCUACGAAUUCAGUGGCAUGGCACCCAAAAGGUUAUUUAUUGGCUUUUGCCGGAGACGCCGAAGUUGAUAAACAAUACAUCGGAUUACAUGUAUUUGGAUUUAAUGACGAAAGAAUUUAA